AUGCGCUGCCUAACCCUAGCGAUUAUUGUCCUGCAACUCGCACUCCAGCAUGCAUCAGCGACAGUAGGCGUCCUUGACAUCGACGACCUGCUACGAUCAGAUCUCCAACAGCACCUAUCCACUCCAAGCGAAGAUCAUCCCUAUCUCCCCACCCUCGGCCAAAAGUACUGCGUCUACACAUCCAACACGACGGGCCCACACGGCCUCUCCCUGAUCUUUCCCCCAAAAUCCGCCCAUCUAGCGUCGGAAUAUCUCGACGACAACCCGCUGGACAAUUUCCUCACACAAAAGGAUGCUGAGCGCCUCUACUUCGGCGGCCAACCAUGGAAAAUCGUCGACAUACCCGGGAAAGCGAAAGGAGUAGUGGCCACUCGCAAGAUCAAAAUGUACGAGACGUUCAUGGUGGAUCAGGCCGCUGUUGUUGUAUAUAUGGGGGCGGAGAAGGCGUUGAGCGAGGCCGAGAACAAGAAGCUUAUGAAGAGGGCUGUAGAUCAGUUGCUUGUUCCUGCGAUGAUUAGGGAUAUGAGUUCUGCGCAUGCGGGGAAGAGCCAUGAGCGUAAAGAUGAUGGAGAUGACGAAGAGGACGGAAGCUUAGAGGAAGCCAUCAUGAAGACGAACGCGUAUGGCAGUACGGUUGCGGAGGUUAGCUCGAGGGCGUUGUAUCCGCUGAUCUCGGUAGGUCGCGACGCAGUCUAA